AUGAUUGCAGAUGUCUUUAUUAAACCUUACGCCGGGGCAAAGACGGUAUCAGCAAGGAAGGCGGAUAUAUUUAAGAUUGCUCAAGGAGAUGAUGAAUUGCUUAGAGAAUUUGUUAUCCGAUUCCAAAAGGAAUGCGUUCACAAUUGGUACGAGUCAAAAAUUUGGGUGGAGGAUGACAAGUUCGGAUUGCCGGCUGGAACAACUGGUCGAAAUCGCAAUUACGAUAGACCAAAAAGGAAUGUUGAUUCUGAUUCCAGAUUUGGAAAAGAAAGAUAUCAGCCUUAUGGUCGUCCAGAGAGGCCCCGUCUGGGGACAGAUGGAAGCCGUGGUAACCAGUUUAAGAGUAUGAAAAGCAAUUCUGGAAACGAUCAGUUUAUUUCGAAAGUUACUUUGGAUCCCAGUAGGAGAAAUCCAAAUUUAUUUUGUGACUUUCAUGGGACUCGUGGGCAUCGAACUGCAGAUUGUCGGCAUCUUAGAGAUAAGGUUGAUCAGUUGCUGAAGAAUGGACAUCUGAAAGAGUUCUUGGAUAAUAGAUCCAGGGACGGUUAUGGUAAAAGCAAAGGUUCAAGUAGACAUUCUGACCUUGGCAAGCCAAGUCAUGUGAUUAACAUGAUAAUGGAAGGAACCGAGAUCGCAGGGACACCUUUGAUGACUAAAAGAACUAAAUUCUCCAUAACAUGGGAAAAAAAAUCUCAAAAUAUUGUCCCAGAUGAAGUAAUUCUUUUUACUAGUGAAGAUGCGGACGACGUUAUUAUUCCGCAUAACGACGCCCUGGUCAUCUCAGUAAUAAUUCUGGAUUGCCAGGUUAAACGUAUCCUGAUCGAUCCAGGAAGUUCAGUAAAUAUCAUUCGAUGGAAAGUGGUGGACCAAUUAUCAAUGCUAGAUAGACUAAUACCACCAUCCCGGGUUAUCAAUGGGUUCAACUUGGCAUGCAAAACAAUGAGAAGAGAGAUUAUACUACCAAUCAAUGAAGGAGAAAUGCUCAAACAUACCAAGUUCUAUGUCAUUGAUGGUGAUAUGAGUUGCAAUGCAAUUUUUGGAAGGCCUUGGAUACACGAUAUAAAGGCAGUACCUUCAACAUUACAUUUUCUUCUCAAAUUCCCAAUACCGGAUGGAAUCAAACAGAUUCGAAGUGAGCGAUCAGCGGCAAAAGAAAGGUUUUCUAUUGAGUCGUGGGAGAAAGAAGAACCAAAGCACGAAAAGAUAGGAACAUUUUCGGCAAAAGAGGAAGAAGUUAAAAAAUAG